UUGUGGCAGAGAGUUAAAAAACUCUGUUUUUACCAGUACAAAAAACCAGAUGACCAUUAAAUUUCACUCCGACUCCUCUUAUGUGGAUCAGGGUUUUACUGCGGAGUACGAAGCCUUCAUUCCCUCCAACCCUUGCCCGGGAAAGUUCAGAUGUUCCAACAACCUGUGCAUAAACAUGACUCUACACUGCGAUGGUUGGGACGACUGUGGAGAUAGCAGUGAUGAGCAGGACUGUGACUGCGACCAGUUUCAGAUGAAGUGUAAAAAUGGUCUCUGUAAACCGUAUUUCUGGAGGUGUGACGGUUCUGACGACUGCGGGGACAGAACUGAUGAGGAAAACUGCGGAACAUGUAAAGCAGGGGAAUUCUCCUGCAGGAAUGGGAAAUGUAUCCCAGAGAAACUCAAGUGUAACUAUAAAGAUGACUGUGGAGAUGGAUCUGAUGAGUCCAAGUGUGAAAAAU